CUUCAGGGUGAAUGUACUUUGAAACUAUCUGAAAAUCUCACAGUGCUGUAAAGACAAGCAAGUUGCAACUGCGUGGCUGUUUUGUUUUGCGUGGGAGCUCUGCAUCUGAAAUUAACAUGCCCACUGAACUUUCUCGCGGUGUAAAAAUGGAAGACAUCAGCUCUACCUUGCCUACGAGGCUCUUGAAUAAGGGUCCAGAUUACCUACGAAAACAGAUGGAACUGGAAGGGGAGACCAGAGGAAAGCUAAGUGCAGUGGAAAGGUUAGCCGCCGACAAAGCUAAGUAUGUAAAAAGUCAGCAAGCGAUCAAUUCUAAGCAGGAGCGAACGAUAACGUCGAGUUCGGCUUCGGAAAGCGGCAGCAAUGGAUCCUGUUCGAUACAAAAUGUGAGACGCUACAUUAAUAACAAUAAUGCUGAAAACGUUGACCUUCGUAGCGCUCACAAUGUAUCCGUGACACCACCUGGAAGUGCACCUAUUGUCAGGCGCAGUAGUAGCUCGAAAAAGCAAAGACCAGACUCACUUGUGAUGUACCGACAGAAAUGUGACAAAUAUGUAAAGGAGUCCAGUAAUUACAAUUCAAAAGGGAGUCUAGUGCGGAGACUGUUUCAAAUGUCACUCAAAGACAAAUAUGUGAAUUCACCUCAGCUACAGUCUGUGCAGAAACACACUGAAAAUAAAUUCACUGGAACAGAGGAUAAGUCACAGCUGGAAAGUGAAUCAAAUACACAAGUCAACACUACCUGUGUCGACACUCAUAAACCACUGUUAGCUAUUGCCAGGGUGAAGGACACAAGCAGAAAGGGACUUGUUCGCUCACAUUCUGAUAUAAGCUCUCGAUAUUCAAAAUCUUUUGCCGACUUUGAAUUUUUCUUUAAGUACUGCGGGCUGGACACUGAUGUGAUUGAAACCUUAGGAAAAGAAAACUUUUCAGCUGUUUCAGACAGCGUUUCUUUUAAAACCCGCAGCGUGAGUGUGGCAACAUCAGAAGACGGGUUUUCAAGACACAGUGGAGACAGUGAUGGGCUUUUAGAAGAAGAGCUUAAUGAGAAAAGGAACCCAGCAACUGGGUCGUCGGUGAUAGAGCGCAAUGCCAGAAUCAUUAAAUGGCUGUACAGUUGUAAGAACGCCAAAGAAUCUGGCAAAGUAUUACGAGAACUUGAAUAAAAUGUUACACUGUUAUUACAUUGUUCAUACUUAAUAAUUUGUACUUUUAGAUUUGUAUGUUGCGCAUAUUUAUUUAUACUUUUCUGCGAUUGUAAUUAUAUAGAUAUGCGGCUUAACGUAAGGAGCUGUGCGUCAUUGAACAUGUUUUGAAGAAGUGGAAUUUGUACAAGGUUAGUCGGUGACAGAUUUAUCGAUCAUACAUACCGGCAUACCAACUAUGUGAAAACAAGUGAUUGUGGAAUUUGUUUUACCCUAAAUUAAGAAUAGUCCGCAGCGUCUGUUUUUAGAGAAUAAAUCCACUGUAUUAUUAUUUGCAGUUUUAAACAUACCGUAUGCAAUGUACAGAUACAUUUGUUGUUGUUUUUCUGUCCAUGUUCCAGCAAUGUAGUGUGCCAUAUGAUUGAUAUAUCAUAUAGGCUAUACGUUUAUAUAAUUUAAAGAGGCAGCAUCCCUUUUGCAAAGGUCGUGCAUUUUUUAUAUUAAUAUAAAUAAAUGGUUGUAUUC